AUGUCAGAUUCUAGCACAUGGACAGUAGCAGCAUUACACCAAUGCGAGCAAUUGCUGGAUAAAGGAACGCUAUGUGAUUUGAAUGAAGCACUAGAAAUAGCUCAGAAAUGUGUGAAUGAUGACAAGAAGACACAUGUCAAUGGUUUUUUGGUGCUCACCAAAGUUUUGUCUCGACUAGGUCGAUAUGAUCACGCUGUGACUUGGUAUAAAAAAGGGUUAGAAUUAUAUCCUCAGAAUAAGGAGCUUCAGACAGGACUAAAACAAGCACGAGUAGCAGUUUUAAACACGUUACUAAUAGAAGAAGACGAUGAUGAUUAUGAUAAAAAAGCGUUAGAGAGUAAAGAAGAUCGAUUGGAUCUUUACGUCACAAAUACGGAUCUAGAAGAGAAACAAUGUGGGACUCAGGCUGGAAAUGAGCACGGCUUCAAGCCGACCGCUACGUGCAAACAAACCUACGCAUGUUCUGGUCUUAGUCAAGUGGUAAAUAAGAGAACGAAGGAGAUGGUACAGGAUGGCAACGAAAAGCAGGUCACUAUGUUUCAAGCCAAAAUGGAGCGUGUCCUCGAACAUUUUGAUGUCCUGAAGCUGGCGAGACUUGCGGCUGUGUAUGUUUUCUUGGAACUGUUGAACAUGCAGCAUAUGACAAUUGGCCUGACACUUCUUUUUCUUGGGUUGCUAGCUCAAGCGGUCAUGCAUCGGCAAUUGAUUAUGGUGAUAUCUAUGCUGGUGAUUUGUUCUUAUCGCUCGCAGCUCAAGGAACGUGCGGUGCGAUUAGUACAAGGAUGGGUGCAAACGUCUACAGACAAGUUAGGUGUCUUUACAUGGGUUCCAUACAUUAUGUUCGUAAUUCCAGUGGUCAUGAAGGUAUUUGGGCAGCUGAAAUUUAUGCUUUUCUUGCAACAAGAUGUGCAUUUGGUCUGCAUCGUGCUUGCUGUAACAGCAGUACUUGUGACAAACUCGUUGCGUACUGACGCUGGACACCAAGCUAAGCUGUGGGGUGAAGGAAGACGACUCAAGUUUGCUGCGUACUUUACGACGGUCGUGUACUGGGUGUUUUGGCGGGGUCAAUGGACUGACACAAUACGGCUGCUCGGACCUGCAUUCAUUGAUGCCGGCGGAAUUGUGCUGGGUUCUGUGACGUCAUCAGACUGGCAGGAAAUCUGCCGACGCGCUUUUAAGAGACUUUACUCUGAUGUAGCGAUCGAUAUUCAAGCAAGUGUUGACUUGGAUGCGUGGUUCUUUUUGGGACUGGGAAACUGGAUUGUUGAAUACUGGCAACAGCCUACUGACUUUUCGCUUGAAAUGCUGUCAAAGAUGCUGACUGAGUGCUUUGACUCUAUGGAGAAGACAGCCGUGCGGACAUUCAGCCCUGAGCUGCGUCGCAUGCGAAAGCAGCUUGCAUAUAUGGAAAUUACGGACGAGCUUCAGUUGCUGGUCGCUUAUUUAAAGCAAAGUCUUCAAGCGUUUCCGCCUCCGAAGUCGUUUGGUUUGGCAAUGCUGUUUGUUAAAAGAUGUCCAUCAUUCGUAGUGUUCAGCCUCCUUACCUUUUUCUAUGGAGUCAUAUCGAUGCCAUUGCUGCCGUUUGCCGUGUCUGAGAUUCAAGGCGGAAGGAAUCUUUAUGACCUCUACCAUACCGGAAGACUACAAGAAAAAGACGGAUUGGAGCUGAUGUUGCUAGAUUCGCCACUUGUUCACGUCUGGAAAAAUAUCAAGGGUUGUAUCUACUGUUUAGAGGGCAGCAUCACGUUAUCUAAAGUGGUGACUACCGGAACGCACAUUGUGUCUGCAGCCGCACGGAUCAGCCGACUGGCGGUAUUCGCAUCUCGCGUAAAAAAGGAAGGCGUAUUUGCUUAUGCUCACGAUAUCCCAGAUCAUGUCGCAAAUGUACUUCUUAUCACGAAGAACUCAAGCUUGAUAAUUGAUGGCAUCCGCUACAUUCGCGAUAGCGCUCAGCUCGAAGACUUGCAGACCUCUAUCGCUAAUUGGUGGUCAGGAGGACAUGUGAAGAAAGAGGGAGAAGAUGAAAGCUAG